AUGGGCAUAUUGCGCACGGCGGAGGAAGGCGGAGCGGAAGGCGGUAUGAAAGCCUCACAUGCCUCGCUUCAUCCUCCGCCUCUCUACAGCAAAAUGGCGACUGUUGACUACGACUCGUCCGUGGAUCCAGAGAUGGACUUAACCAGCGACGAGGAGUUAGAGAGGGAAGCUGAAGGUUUCAAAGAACAGGGAAAUGCAUACUAUGUCAAGAAGGACUAUGCUGAAGCUUUCAACUUUUACACCAAGGCCAUCGACCUCUGCCCAAAAAAUGCCAGUUACUAUGGCAACCGUGCAGCCACAUUGAUGAUGCUGAGUCGCUACAGAGAGGCACUAGAGGAUUCUCAGCAGGCCGUGCGACUCGAUGAUAGCUUCAUGAAGGGACACAUGCGUGAGGGCAAGUGCCACCUGCUGCUUGGCAAUGCAAUGGCCGCCAUUCGCUGCUUACAGAAAGUUCUAGAGCGGGAACCAGACAACAGCCAGGCCCAGCAGGAGAUGAAGAAUGCAGAAUCCAUCCUGGAGUACGAGCGCAUGGCGGAGAUCAGCUUCGAGAAGAGAGACUUUCGGAUGGUGGUGUUCUGUAUGGAUCGGGUACUGGAUUCUGCGUCUGCAUGCCACCGGUUCAAGGUGCUGAAAGCAGAGUGUUUGGCUCUGCUGGGGAGAUACCCAGAGGCCCAAUCGGUUGCCAGUGACAUUUUGCGGAUGGACUCCACAAACGGCGAUGCCCUGUACGUUCGGGGUUUAUGUCUGUACUAUGAAGACUGCAUCGAUAAGGCUGUGCAGUUUUUCGUUCAGGCGCUGCGCAUGGCACCAGACCACGAGAAGGCCCGUCUGGCCUGCAGAAAUGCUAAAGCUCUAAAGGCGAAGAAAGAGGAAGGGAACAAAGCGUUUAAAGAGGGCAGCUAUGAGGAAGCAUAUGACCUCUACACUGAGGCUUUAACCAUCGACCCAAACAACAUCAAAACCAAUGCCAAGUUAUACUGCAACCGAGCCACUGUCGGCUCCAAGUUAAAUAAACUGGAGCAGGCCAUUGAGGACUGCACAAAGGCCAUUAAACUGGAUGAGACCUAUAUUAAGGCUUAUUUGAGAAGAGCCCAGUGCUACAUGGACACAGAGCAGUAUGAAGAGGCGGUCAGAGAUUACGAGAAGGUUUAUCAAACAGAGAAGACUAAAGAACACAAGAACCUGUUGAAGAACGCUCAGUUAGAGCUAAAGAAAAGCAAGAGGAAAGAUUAUUACAAGGUUCUCGGGGUGGAUAAAAACGCAACUGAAGAUGAAAUCAAGAAGGCCUACCGCAAACGAGCCCUGAUGCACCACCCAGACCGACACAGUGGUGCAAGCGCUGAGGUGCAGAAAGAGGAAGAGAAGAAGUUUAAGGAGGUCGGCGAGGCCUUCACUGUGCUCUCCGACCCCAAAAAGAAGACCCGUUAUGACAGCGGCCACGACCUGGAGGACGAUGACAUGAACAUGGACUUUGAUGCCAACAACAUCUUCAAAGCAUUCUUUGGUGGCCCUGGUGGGUUUAGUUUUGAAGCAUCUGGACCUGGAAACUUCUUUUUCCAGUUCGGUUAGCUUGGGCACCGUCCAGCACGUAUGCAGUAGUUCCACAACCUCUGAAUUCCCCCGAAACCGGACUGCUCUUCUCCAUCCCUGCUCUCUUGACGAACGACACUCUGGUGAAUCAGGCCUUCGGGCGCCACAGUUGGACCUGCAUCUGUGCCAUUGGCUUGUUUUUUUUCCUGCUCGCACACAAAAGACAACAACGGCAGGGGCAGACCAUACUCUACCACCUCACACUACUCUCUCUCUCUCUCUCUCUCUCUCUCACUCCGAUUCUCAUAAUCAAGCUCUACUUUUAUCGUUUUGUUUUCUUAAUCCACAGUAUCGAAUGUACCCCAGUGCAUCAUUUCCACAUUUAUUAUUUUGAGAAAAAAAAAAAUCAAUUAACAGCUGAUGUUUGGGGGGAACUUAAGAAGGUGCUACUUGCAAAUCUCCUGUUUCUCCUUGACCAAUCGCAGAAUAUCCACAUCCAAAACAAGAAAGAUUUAAUCGAAAAAGCAAGGUUUAUCACAGCAGUUCAUUACUACAAGUGAUGUAUAGAUUGUCUAAACCUGUACAAAGCCAGAAUCCACACAGAUUAUAUACAUGCAGCAUUGCAACCCAUUUUAAAGACCUCAGCAAAUGUGAAUGCAGCGCCUCAUGCCAAAUCUCAUCAUAUAUAUAU